GCCGCUAACAACAUCAGUCGCCGCGAAUGCGUCUGCUGCUGGUGUACGGGUGGCUCGGGUCUGAGUUCAUUUUCAGCCACCGCGUCCCCAAAUCCAUCAGCACCCACACACGUCCACAAUCCGCAAGCGAAAACGGCAAUACACAGCGCAUGAUGUCACUAUGAUUUGGAACUAUCGAAUAGAAUGAAGCUUGGGUGCGAUAGAGCAGGUCACUGUGCUACGUGCUAUAUGUGUUGCAUGUCUGUUGGCUUUAAGUUCAUGCAUUCCCAGCUUAAAUCUGCCGAUAAAGACACGCUUAUGAAUGCGCCUGGAAAGGCGCAUCAAAAGCUAACGUACUGUCGUUCUGAGCCUAAUCAGACCACAUCAGGCUUGACCCUUAUGGUACUUUUUCAGCGCUGCAACUGUGUGUGGGGUGAAGCACUUCUUGUCUGGUUACAUCAAUCUUAUAGAGGGCCCAAGCAAAGAUUAGCCCUGUACGCAUCAGACAUGGCUGUGCAUGAGCGAAAAUUAACUCCAUCUUACGGUUCAAUAUUUCUUGUCAUUACGAUGGUGGGCGGGAUAGAGUUAAUGUCAUCUGUCUAUAUUCUAAACGCUUGCAAGAAGGGGAAGGGGGAUAUUUUAACGACGUACGUUUACACAUGGAGGACUUUGGACAGGCAGGGGAGACAAGCACCUGGACAGAGCGAGACUGAGGAACAGAGGGACAGACAGAGGGACAGAGGACGCGAAAAAAAAUGAGGCGCACGUCCCCAACUAUAUUUAACCCAACAAUAUCCCACUCUCUCUCCAUUCCCUUCCCGCAGGCCUAAUAAUCAUGGCUAAUUUCUGAUAUUAUAUAUAUAUAUU